AUGGCACAUUUAACUGAACCUGAAAGGAUAGAGAUAUUAAUGAUGGUUGGAUAUGGUGACAAGCUACGAAUCCAUGCGGAAGCAUGUGAGCUGUUUAAUCAAACACAUGCUGAUGGACUACCAAUUGCACGAUUUACGACGGGACAGGAUGCACUGGAUGCACUAAGAUCUGAUGUGGGAGAUAUGAAAUACGAACUCAAAAGUGGCGUGAAAAAUCAGUUACAGAGUAUGAAAGAUGACAUAAAGAAACAAUUCGAUGAACAAGCAAGUAGGAUGAAUAACAUCAAGACAGAAAUAGGGCAAGACUACCUCUUUACGGCCCCAGCCAACACCCAGUUCAUUCCCUACCAGCAGAACCAGAACCAGUUUCAACCCCCCAACAUAAUUCCCUUCCGACAGGCCCCCGCGGGCUUCCAGGUUCCCGAUACGUCUUCUACGUACUUCACUAGAGAUCUCACCACGCAAGACCUGCAGACCUCUGAUUUACCCCUGCACCUGCAACAGACGUUACCCCAGUAUCGGUUUACAACGAACGAGCCCUUCGGAGAAGACAGCGUGCCCUUCGUUUUCCAGAACCACCAGCCCGCCAACAGGGUGGUUAACACUCCCGUUGGGUUCCGCCCUUCAAAGGUGAUCAAACCGACUACCCUGCGACCAAACUACUCUCACCUUUUCGCAAAGAGCCACCAUAAUCACGAUCCCUCUCAGACGGAAACCUUCCUGGGUCAAAUUACGCUGCAAAACCCCAUCGAGACUCCACCACAGUUUGAUGAUUUCAAACCCAGCGAGGCUUUUCCACAAAAAUCGCAGGAAAUCACUUCGAAUUCGUUCGGUAGUUUGCAAGAUGACACUACAAGGAACAGCAGACCUAGUGAGAAUUCCAUACAGCCGAAUGCCAGACCUAGCUUCUUAAAUCACAGGUCCAGAAUUUUCGCUCCGAGUACCUCUAAGAAGGCAACACGGGGCCAGGUCAAAGACUACUUCGUAAACAACAACGGUGAUGUUUACAUCACCACCAAAAUACCCUUCAGUCCAAAACCCACCACUCCCACUCGUAUUACCGUCCCUGUUACCCGCAAAAACAACUUUAGUCCCGCCUCCAAACCCACUGGAAAGCCUUUAUCUUACAAUUUCAAGUCCGAGAAAAAGCCAUUCCUGCCUAAAAACAUACCUACACCCUUACCCUUAAAAUCCUUUGACCUCGAACCCCUGCUGGAAGAACCCCUCAAAGACGGUUUCGGACAGAACAACGACGAUGGUGUGGAAGUCAUACAAUCGAACGACGAAGAGACUACCGAAAUCGAAACUACUUCGCCUCUGAUUACGACAGAUGUGCCAUUUGUGAAUUUCGUUAGUCAAAACAGUGAUUCUGCUGAGGAGAUUGUCAGUCAUAAUGUCACCACCACCCCUCUUUUAACAACAAUGCCAAAUCACGAAGAACUGACUACUCUCCCGGAAGAAGCUUCUGAACAAAAUACCGCUUUUCAGGAGAAUGAUGAACAAAAUACCACCUAUCAGACACAUGUUGAAGAUGGUACUGUCUUUAAGGAAGAUACUGAACACAAUACCGAGGUACCUAGUGAAUAUAGCUAUUCCGAUGAAUUGUACGACGAAGACGAAGAUAAGGAUAAUACCAGCAACGAAAACGAUAUACAAAACGAAUAUUCUGAGCAUAGCGCUGAAGUAUUCAACAGCAAAGAGAAACAGCUUGAAGAAUUGAAAGAGGAACUGCCCAUGGAAACCACCGAAAAACCAGACCCCACCUACGAGGUGAUAACCAUGAAACCCACCAGAAAAAUGAAAGAGUACGACUUCCACGACUUCGUGGACACCCUCGACGUCGACAGCACUGAAGCUCAGUCCGCUAUUGAGAGCACCACCAUACCCAUGACCGUGUCAAUGUCCUCUUCAGUGGUUAUCAAGAAGGGUGAUAAGAUCAUCAGCAGUCAGGAGGAAAUGGACGAACCGGAAGUGGUUAUUUCUGUUGUUACCAGCAAAACUGUAGUGAACAACACAAUUAUAGCGUCUGCAACGCCAGCACCCCCUGUUACCAAGGCGUUACAGCCGACAACGGAGCCGUCCAUGUUCGGCAGCAACGAGAACACUACAGAUACGUGGGUGGUGGUGGCUUCUGUACAGACUAGUAGGAGUGUGUCUGGAGCCAGAUACCUGCCCUCUUCUAUUGUCGAACAAGAAGAAAGAGUCAAGUUAUUAAACGAACAUUCAAAUGAAGACGAAAACACCUCUAAGGAAGAUUAUAGUGGCAGUGCGGAGUACUAUCAGGAUCAGGAUAACUCUGGAGAAAUCGUUAACAACACGUCAAAAGAAGAAACUUCUGGGGAAGAGAUUAAAACUGAUGAAGACACCACCGUUCCAACUUCUACUAAAGUCAGAACAUCUACUGAGAGUCUCAUCGAUAAACUGGACAGAGUACAGUCCGAUUUAUCUAGCGGUUUGCUCACAGGUGGAUUAGGUAACAACAUUGCAGUGAUCAAAGAAAACAUGACUGUGGACGUCACUACUAUGGUCGACAUGGGCAUAACGACUUCUACCACUACUAAAGCGCCUUACCCGCAAGUCAACAUAAGAAAAUUCUCACCCGCCAACAGACCGACUUCUACUAAACGGCCUAAACCUGGUGACAGAAACGGUUUCAAAUCGAAAUAUCAAGACAGGAAGAGCACUGUAAAUGUGAACGAGCCUCAAAGUGACCAACCGCAAGCCAAAUCAGACAUUUCCUCUUUGUUGCCUCCUGGUUACAAACUUAAAACGAGUGAUGAGAAGAGCUCGAAACUUCUAGAAGAGAUCUUGAGUAAAGUUAAACCGCCCAAAGUGGAGGAGGCAAGUGAAGGCAAUGUCGACAUUUCCAAGUUCUUGCCUCCUGGGUACAAACUCCCUGAAGACAACUCGUCAACAACAGAAAGCGAUGAAAAAACGACAGAAAAAUCAUCCACGGAAAGCUCCAUUUUCAAGAAUACUAAAGCGGAUGAUUUAUCCAAGUUUCUUCCACCAGGAUACAAACUCCCGAAAAGCGAAGAGAAAACCACAGAGAGUAGCAUUUUCAAAAACACAAAGUCCGACGAUAUUUCAAAAUUCUUACCCCCGGGUUAUAAACUUCGAAAAAGCGAAGAAAAAACAACUGAAGGCAGCGUAUUUAAAAACACGAAAGCUGACGAUAUCUCUAAAUUCCUACCUCCAGGAUACAAACCACCAAAAACGACAACGACGACAGAAAGCAGCAUCUUUAAAAACACUAAAGCCGAUGACGUGUCCAAGUUUCUACCGCCUGGAUACAAGCUGCGGUCCACAACUACCCAGAAACCAAACGAGCCGGAAGUAAAGACUGUCGAUAUCAACGCCUUUUUACCCCCUGGAUACAAACCACCGAAAGAUGAUUCUUCCAAUGGUAUUAGUCCACAACCAGUCGACAUUAGCGCCCUCUUACCACCAGGUUACAAACCGAAAGUGAAAUCGUCAGAUAAUGACGCCGAAACAAAGAAUGUUCCAUCGAACCUGCUGCCACCUGGACUUAAGGAAGGCGUUUCCGAAAAUCCAGCUACGUCAACAACAGCAAAACCAUCCGGAGGCUUCAAAGUCGUGUUCCCAAGCAGACCCGGUGGAGGCACCAGGAAAUCUGCUACUAGAACAACACCUAGAAGUUCUAACAAUGACGAACCAGCAAAACCGACGUCGCCGACUAUUCUGAAAGGAUGGCCAUCAAGGGCUACUACAGAAUUUACCGGCUGGCCAACUCCUUCUACGACCCCUAUAUCCAUCGAGAAACUAUUAGAAGCGGCCAGGACAGCUUCCACCAGCACGACUCAAACCAUUGAGACCACUGUUUCCACAACCACUACUACAACGACCACUACAACUACCACACCUAGGCCUACCACACCGGGAGUCUGCGUGGACGAAUGCGAUCUAGCAGGCACGAUAAAACUCGUGGGAGGUGCUAAAUGGGUGCCGGAAUUGUUAGACAGGAACACGAAAGAGUGGCAGAUUUUGGCAAAUGAGGUUCAGACGCAGCUCGACGAUGUAUACAGUUCGUCGCCUUAUCUCAGUAAAUGGUACAAGAAAAUCAGGAUCGAUGGGUUUAGCGAAGGAAGUGUCUUGGUGGACUAUUUGGUAGAACUAAACGACUUGGGAAGGUCCAUCGAUACACUAGAAGUGAAACGUCUCUUCCACGAUUCUCUCGACAGUGCUCUAUCGAAACCCGCUCCUACCAGAGAAGGCAAAUCUCUGAACGAAACUGCAAAAUUAGAAGGAAAAUUAUCCUUGGGCAAUUUCAUCGUUGAUCCAAAAUACACAGACUUCAUAGUGUUGCCGAAACAGAUUUACCCAACAGUGCUGUACGCCGAAAACGAUGUACUCUUACCGCAAUGGGCCAUCGCCGUGAUUGUAAUAGGACUGGCGUCCCUUUUAUUCGUCAUUAUCUUUGGGGUUACAGUGCUGGUGAACAGGCAGAAAAACUCUAAAAAGAAGAACCCCACUCCUCUCACCGAGGAUAUGUUGAAUGAACUGAACAAAAACCACAUGGGCGGCUUUGAUAACUACGGCGCUGAGGACCUCUACAAUAUGGAAGACGUUUGGAAUGACAGAGGAUAUGAUCAGAAACCCCCCAAAAAGAGGUCUAAUGGUUCGAUUCACGACAACAGCAUGUCGAACCUAUACGACAGCUGGAGAUCCGAGUGGAACGGUUAUUACUACAAUGCCUACUACGGAAAUAACCCGGGAAGCAGCCACAGCGGAUACGGAAGAAGAAGAUCUGACUACGACACCAAUUUUUAAACGGAACCAGAGCUGGUUUAAGAGAUUGAAAUAACUGCCAAAUUAGGAAAUUCGACGUAUGAGCAAAAUUGUUCAAUUUUUUUUUUACUUUUACGAAGGUAAAUGCACUGACCUUCAGGCAAUUUUCGGGGAAACAGGUUCUUACCACCGCCUUUGUUGAACUCAAUACAGUUUUUUCUGUAACCGAUACAGUGCAAAAUGAAAAAGGACAUUUCUCGUAGUUGUAGAUAUUUAUGAUUUUACUUUCUUAAAGUAUUUGUAGCGUUUGCUCAAAUUUGUAACCGUUCAACCCCUGUCUGCCUAACACACAUUCCGAGGACUUUGAAUUUCAAGGCCCUCUUUGCCAAGGAAACAGUUUCAAUUACUUAAAAAUUUAGGAUAGCAUAGGUUAACAAUGUUAGGAUAUUAUGGUGCUCAUUUCAAGGGAUAGCCACGCUCUUCCUUCGAUAACAUAAAUCGACAGGUUAUGUUGUCGUUCCUGAAUGAGUUCCAUAAUUUCGCCCUUUUGUUUUUGGAAAAAAUCCUGCCCGCUGUCUAUCUCAACACGUCCCAGACUCCAAAGUAAAACUGGUGUUGUAGAUGAGUUUCGAUGCACGUCGUUCUAGAGUAUUUCUUCCAGAAACGGAACGAAGGACAAUUAGAGGAGGGGGAUAGUGGCUGUACGACGAUUACGGAUAAGUCUGACCAGGUUUUUCUAGUCAAACAGCCUGCUAACAGUGUCUCGCUCACUGUAGUCCAAUGGCUGUGAUUUCACCUAACAAGACUUUUUGACAAAAUGAAAGACAUCGAUCCAGGCAACACAAUAAAACCAUUAGGUGAACUAAUUUAUUACAUCGUUCGACCUCACUGCACCGAAUACUUAUUUUCGAGGCUAUCUAGUGGAGCGCCGGCGAGAUAGUUUUUAAAAUUAUUUAAGUGUUUCCGUCUAGUUCACUUGAGGUAUCUGUUAAAUGUAACAGCAUGUACUAUUUGUAGCCCAUGCAUCGUAAAGUAAUGCCAGCUUAUUUCUCGUAAGCACGAUUUCAUGAAAAAUUUUUUGUGUCAAAGAGAACAGGGUUCUCAUUAGCAGUUGGUGUACUCUAACACGGUAAUAAAUUUAAUGUUGAAUGUGUAAAUAAUUGUACAUAUACCACGAAAUUAUGUCUAUUUUCCCAUUAAAUAAUUUUUAGAGUUAAAUUUACCUUACCGUUUAUAAAUUAUUAUAAUUAUAGUUAUGUAAGGUGUUAAA